AUGAUAUCCGUUCUCCAGAGCCAGGUCAAGAAAUUCCGCUUUUCCGUCGACAGAGGCAGGAGAGGGGACGACAAGUCGCCCAGACCGAACGCGCCAGCGAGCGCGAGCAAAGUGCAUUCCACCCCUACGUCUUCGCCUUGGGAUCUUCUUCCGGUAGAGAUCCAGAUAAAGAUAUUCGCCCAAUGCAGUGUUCAAGACCUGUUGCCCCUGAGGCUUGUCUGCCGCGCUUUCUACGAGGUCCUCACUGCACAUGAGCAUUCUAUCGCUCGACAAUAUCUCCGCCAGCGCAGACAUGGAACCCUUCCCUCGCCGAUCGAUAAUGAGCGCACCUACACUCGAAAUCCAGAAGAUGAUGUGAUGCUGCUGUCUGACCUCUUCCCGCCGGCGAAGAGUGCGAAAGGCGGCCAUCUUUAUACUUUCAGAUACUUGCAUAGUCUGCGCCGGCGGCAGAAAUGGUGCUCAAGGCUGUGCUGGUAUAUUGCGAAUCUUGUGAUGAACGGGUUCCUGCAUCGUGAGCCAGCGUUCGUCAAGCUCAGAUUUCCAUUGAAGAGCGAGCGCCAGGAGUUUUCCAAGCGAGGUGUCGCAAGCUUGUGGUUUAACCUUACCCCACUCAUGUAUUGUGUACUUUAUUUCCUAGAAACAUACGCCCGUUCUCGACAAGAACACAAGAAUAUCCUCCUGCAAGAAUUCGAAGCAGGACGACUACCGGUUCCCAUACCACCUGAUGUACGGAAGACUAUGUACCGAGAACUGCAGUUCAAGAUAUUACAAUCGCCGCCUUUCACAGACACACCUACACUUAUAUCAACCCAUCAUUGCAUGCAGCUCUUGGUUUCAAUCUUGCGGAACACCGUGCCUCCCGAAGAGCAAGGCACAUCCGACGACAGCUGGAUUGGUUCCUUGCUGACAUUCUCGCCAUUCGUACGGAUCUUGGAGUAUCUUUCAGCAGAGAUCGGCGACGGGGGAAGCCAACGAGCACAACGGAAAUAUUUCAUGCAGAAUUUCGAAAAUGACUUGAUGAAGAACGCGCGGGAUGAAAGGAGUUCUCUGGUCUUUAAGGGUGCAUUGAAUGGGAGUGAACAUCAACCUAUAAGAGAUACUUGGUUUGACGUUGCGAAGCACGAAUUGACCACAAGGCGUGCUGUACCACAUGAUAUAGAGCGUAUUUGGGUUUAUGAUGAUAUCCCCAUCAUUUUCGGGUGUACUAAUUGUCACCCUAGCACGGAUGGUUGGUUUGCAUGA